AUGUCAUUCUUCAGCACUACGAUUCUCUUCAUAGUUACGAAACAUCUAUGUAAAGGUAGCUGUCACCGAGACCAGGUAAUUUGCAACCCCUCAUCCCCUUUACUAUUGCAGAUCCCAAAGCUUCUUCGCUUGCUGAGGCAAGUUUGCUUUUUUCUGCGUGUCCUUGUUAGCUGCUCUCACUUGAAGCAUUACCCUCGAAUUAAAACACAUCCAACUUUCCCGUCUCAAUCAUCCUUGUCAUCUCAAAAAUUGUUGUCGUCUUAUCAUUGUCUCUAUCACCAUUGGCAACGUAACAAUACUUCUGCAGUUUCACUACGUUUUCACGCUCUCCUACUCUGGACAAGUCUGGUGAACAUACGAGUCUUGUUCAACGCACUUUUCGAUCUCUCCUCCUUUCCAUUGGGAUCUCGUCAAUUGAGAUCUCCGUCACCUCAUAUUGCGCUCCUCAUUCUACCUUCCUUUCUCUUCUCUUUUACGACUUGCCCUCGACUAUCCUCCACAAUGUCGGGUCGUGGAAGUCGUGAUCUGCCGAUUCGGGGCCCCCGAGGGGGUGGUGGUCGUGGCCGUGGUCGUGGUGAUGACCGAGGCCGUGGAAGCGACCGAGGCCGGUCUGCUGUGUCGGAUAAUGACUCCAGGAUGUUUAAGGAUCAAAUCCCCAACCUCGAUGCCAGAAUGAUCAGUCAUGAAGACCAAUGCGUCGCCAGUUUCCUCGAAGAUAGGAAAGACCCGAAAUCCCGCGUCACUGAUGCCAAAGGCGUUGUCCUUGCUUACCGUCCCGGCUAUGGAACCUUGGGGCGCCCAUUGAACUACCGGGCGAACAUGUUUGUGAUGGACUUCCAACCCGGCAUGAAGGUGCAUUCCUACCGGCUGAAGUUCAGUCCGACGGAUAUCACCAGAGGCCAGCAGACAUUCGUGAUCAAGCACAUGCUUCGUCUGUAUGCUCCUUUUGUUGAGAAAGGCGCCCGCAUUGCCACCGAUGGUGCCACCGAAGUGGUGACUCUUGAUCCUCUGCCGGAGGACCGAGGGGUUCAUCGCGUUUCUAUGCCAAAGGGUAAUGGCAAUGACAACACUGGGCAGCGUCCUCAGCAUUCUCAACGUCCUCAACGCAGUCAACAGGGUCAAGGUGCACGUUGGACUGUCACCGUAGAACACAAAGAGUCUCAUCUCAUCAACGAUGUCCUCGGGGGCCUCCGUGAUCCCAGGUUCCGAAAGGUCGUCCCCAACAAGGAUGCCUCGGAUACUGAGGGCUCACAUGGGACAUAUGCUGAGACGAAUCUCGUGCGAAUGCUUAACAUCUUGAUGAGUACCUACCCGAACAGGACUCCUGGAACCUUCAUUGUUGGAAGGGGGCGCAACAAGGUCUUCCGGCUGGAUCAUGAAAAGCAGAGCCAUUAUCUAGGGGGUGGCAUCGAAGCUGUCCGUGGAUACUACUCAAGUGUUCGAUUGGCAGCAGGUCACAUAAUGCUCAACUUGAAUAUCAGCCACAGUGCAAUGUUCCGCCCCGGAUCACUCAUCAACAUGAUGGACGAGUUUAGGGCGCUAAACGGCGAAUCACGCGAGUUGUUGAACUCUUGGCUCUCCCGCUUGAAAGUUUACGCCCUUCAUCUUCCAAAAAGGGAAAACGGGGAUGGCAAGAUGGAAUUUCCUGUCAAGCAUAUCCUGGGCACCGCUAAGCCUGGGGAUGGGCAGGAGGACAAGCAUCCUCCCAGAGUGAAGAAUGUGGCAUCUUGCGCGGACAACGUCCAGUUCUGGUACGAGGACGGCGAUAACGAAGGGUACAUCACUGUGACUGAGUAUUUCCGCCGAAGGUACAACCGUCAACUCAAGUAUGGUGCUACUCAUCCUAUCGUGAAUGUCGGGAGCAGGAAAAGUGCCAGUUAUCUUCCAGCUGAGCUCUGUGAGAUUCUUCCUGGGCAGAUCUUUGGUGGGACGCAAACUGGCAGCAUGUCGUCGAACAUGAUCAGGUUCAGCUGCCGUCGUCCCCCUCAAAACUAUGACUCCAUCAUGAAAGAGGGGAUGGAGAUCAUGGGUAUCGAUAAUGACACGAAGACCGUCGGAAUCAAAUGUCGCAAGGAUAUGGCGAUGGUACCAGCGCGCAUCUUGAAUGCUCCAAAUCUCGUUUACGGGAAGAAAGUCAACAAACCCCAAAGGGGUCAGUGGAACCUGCAAGAGACAAAGUUCUGUGAAGGCGCAAACAUCAAGACUUGGACUUGCCUCACCGUGCGCAGGCGGGGAAAACAUACCUCAAACGUUGACAGCGAGAUGAACUUGAUGCAAUCAAAGCUGCGUGCCCAUGGAAUCAAUAUAGCACGCCCUGUGACGCCCUUCAUCUCUGUUGAUCUCGGGUACGACCACGCAGAGAACCGCGAUACACUGGAAAAGACCUUCAUCAGCUUGCAGAAAAACGAGGGAUACGAUCUGGUGAUUGUCAUUUUGCCAGACACCGAUGCUGCAAUCUUUGACUGGAUCAAGCUGCUCGGAGAUCUGCGGCUUGGGGUUCUAACCCACUGCAUGAUACUUGACAAAUUGAAGAAGCAACAGGGUCAGGAUCAAUACAUCAGCAACAAUGCCAUGAAGAUUAACCUCAAGAUGGGCGGUUGCAAUCAGUUCCUGGAACCAUCUGGCCUCAAAUUCAUCGCGCAAGGGAAGACUAUGGUUGUUGGGUUAGAUGUCACUCAUCCAGCAUCCGGAGAAGUCUGGAUGCCUAGUAUUGCCGGAAUUGUGGCCUCUAUUGACGGUCACAUGGGACAAUGGCCGGGUGAGGUUAGACCCCAGGAAUCCCGCAGCGAAGAGAUUGUCUGUCUUGAUAGUUUGUUGUUGGCGCGCCUCGAUCUUUGGAUCAAGCACAACAAAGCCCCUCCAUCAAACAUCAUCAUCUACCGUGAUGGUGUGAGCGAGGGUCAAUUCAUGAUGGUCCUCAAAGACGAGCUGCCCAGGGUUCGCCAGGCCGCUGCGGAUCUCAGUCGGUACCGCCCCGAAUACCACAAAUUCCAGGGUUACAGCCCCAAGGUCACUAUCAUUAUCUCUGGAAAACGCCACCAUGUGCGUUUCUAUCCGACCAAGACAGCAGAUGCCGAUAGAACCAGCAAUCCCAUCAAUGGAGCCAUUGUUGACCGUGUUGUCACUCGGCCCUUGUAUUGGGAAUUCUACCUACAGGCCCAAUCUCCUCUCCAGGGAUCCGCUCGUCCGGCUCACUACAUUGUCAUCCAUGAUGAGAUCUUCACUGACCCAAAGAUCAGUCCUGGCAAGCCAGCUGAUGUUGCCCAAGAACUAACCCAUAACAUCUGUUACAUGAUGGGCCGAGCUACACGCUCUGUCAGCUAUGCCACUCCUGCCUUUUUGGCUGACCGAUACUGUGAUCGUGCUCGCAAAUAUGUGGCAGCCAAGAAUGCGGUAGACCGAUACAAUGCCGAAUUGGAGAAGUCUGGGAAGUCAAAGCCAAAGUCCAAGGACCAGAAGGCCAAGGACCAGAAGGACAAGAGCAAUGAGUCAAUGGUCAUGGCAGUGCACUCGCACUUCCCCAACAGUAUGGUUUACAUCUAA